AUGGUGGAAAGAACAGCAUUUACAAAAAAACAAAUACAAGAUUUGGAAACUGAAUUUUCAACUUCAAAUUAUCUUACAAGAUUGAGAAGAUAUGAAAUUGCUGUCAAACUUGAGCUAACAGAAAAACAGGUUAAAGUUUGGUUUCAAAAUAGAAGAAUGAAGAGGAAAAGAUUAAAAUUAGGUAAUCAUUUUGGUGUUGAUAAGAAAAUUAGGGAGAAAAUCUCAAUAUAA